AUGAACGGUGAUGAGCUUUUGCUCGAUGGUGGUGAGACUCACCGGGCCAACAACAUCCUGCAUCUGUGGAAAGUCCGGGGGGCCAAGCGACCGAUUACGGACUUUUACACGAAAGUGCAGGUGCUUGGAGAGGCAGGAUUCACUGGUGUUGUCACGUGA